AUGGAUCUCAUUCCAAGUGCCUUUAUGGCACGUCCGUUGAAGAUUGUUGUUAUCGGUGCUGGUAUUUCGGGGAUCCAGUUCGCACAUGAUGCGACCACUUUAUUAUCAGGUGUCGAUCUUGAAAUCUACGACAGAAAUCCUUCCCUAGGGGGUACAUGGUAUGAGAAUCGGUAUCCAGGAUGCACUUGCGAUGUGCCUUCCCACACCUACCAGUUCAAUUGGGCACCUAAUCCCUCAUGGUCAUCGCUCUAUCCUCCAGCUCCCGAGAUUCACAGAUACUUGGAGGAUGUGGUUGAUAGGCACAAUCUCCGCCGCUUCAUGACCUUCAAUACCAAAUGCGUCUUAGCGCAAUGGAACGAAGACUCCUCCAAGUGGAGAGUUGUUCUCCACGACGUGGUUUCCAGCGAAGAAAAGACCAUAUUUGCCGAUGUCUUUGUCUACGCUGUCGGGCGGUUGAACAACUACAAGUUCCCCAAGAUUGCGGGCCAAAAGACCUUCCGAGGUGUCCAAGUACAUACUGCAGACUGGCCAGCUGAUAUGACCGUUAAGGAUAAGCGCGUGGUUGUGAUUGGGAAUGGUGCAAGCGCCAUUCAGUGUGUGGCAGCUUUGCAGCCAGUUGCUUUGCAAAUAAUCAAUAUUGCGCGAGGGCCAACGUGGAUUCUCCCGCAUGCAUCGGCUGAAGAUGGUACUAUUCAGCGCGAAUACUCAACCGAACAGAAACAAGCUCUCCAGGCUUGCCCUAUGCGCUAUUAUGACUUCUGCAUCUCACUAGAGCAGAGGCUCGCCGCAAGUUUCACAGGACUGUGGAGAGGCACCAAAUCUCAAGCCAAUUUUACAUCGUUGGCACAUUCAUUCAUGAAGUCGAAGAUCACAAGCCCCGAUCUUUUGGAUGCCCUCCUACCAGAAUUCGAAGCCGGCUGCCGUCGCUUCACACCCGGUGGUCACUAUCUGGAUGCGUUGCAGAAGCCCAAUGCCGUGUACGUACAUGACUCAAUCAAAAGACUGACCGAGGGUAGCCUUAUCACCGAAUCCGGAGGAGAGUACGAGUGUGACAUAUUGGUAUACGCCACCGGAUUUGAGCCAUAUCAGCCACGGUUCCCAGUCACUGGCCGCGCUGGACGAUCACUGAGUGAAGAGUGGGACCGCGAGGGACCUUGCGAGAGUUAUAUGGCUGCGAUGGUCGCCGAGUUCCCUAACUUUUUUGGUAAGAACCUGAAUAUUUUUUGCUGGUCAUUUUGCUUAACUGGUGUAUCUUGGACAGUCUUCAACCCCCCAAUCUGCCCUGUGAAUGGAUCCGCCAUCCCCGGCAUCCAGAGAGCAAGCGACUAUAUGAUUCGAAUCUUAUCCCGACUACAGACAGACAGACUGCGAUCUGUAUCUGUGACACAACGGGCUCAACGCGCAUUUAACCAAUGGGUUCAGUCGAGAAUGCCUCAUAUGGUCUGGUCAGGACCAUGCAAAUCAUGGUACAAGAACGACAAUGGAAAGGUGAUUGUUCCCUGGCCCGGCACUGUCCUCCACUACUAUGCGGCAACCGAAAUUGUCCGCUGGGAAGACUUUGACCUAGUCUACGAGAAUCCCGAUGAGAAAUUUGCGAGUUUCGGCAAUGGUGUAACAAUGGAUGGAUUUGUGCCCAAUCAUUUUCCCUGGGUACUUCCCCCCAAUGAUAUUCAGAAGCAACGAAGGAAUGCAGAGCCGGCUUCUCUGCUCCUUACCCCAAGCAACGUGUUGUAUCGUCUGACAAGCCAACUUGCAGUUGCUUGGCGCAUGGCCGCAUCCUGGUGA